AUGCCGACUGCCACGUCGAAACACGAGCUUGAGCUACCAUCAAGGGCAACAUCUUCCGACAUCAGUGCCCGUGCAUUGGAAACGGUUGAAUCUCAGAGCAGCGGGCGGCUUGGUCGCAGGCUGAGUUCCAAGUGCUUUUCACCUACCUACAGUGACCGCAGUGAAGCUGGGUCACGUGGGCAGACCCCGGGCGCAGCUUCCAACCACAACAGCUCCACAGUUUGCCCCCAGCAGGACGCGUCCCCGCUUGAGGAAAAGGCAAAGAGCCCCUCAAGUGGCAUUGCUCGCGGUAAUGACUUUACACCGCAGUCAUCGGAUGCCUGCCCAGGAGCUGCGUCGACAGGACCAAGUUUCGCUGUGCGCGUUGGGCGUGCCUGUGGAGCUCUUGGGUCGUACGUAAUGCUAUCUAUUUUGACGGUCUUUUGGACGAAGCACCUCGUUGGUGGCCAGGUGCCAACUCCUCUUUUCUUGUCAUGGGUGCAGCAGGGCGUUGGUUUGGCGCUCUAUUCAGCUGUAUCUGCAGUGGUUGCCAUACUCUGUAGUCAGCGCACAGUCGUGGGCAGGGCGUUUAUUGCUGCCUUCCCGGUAGUGCGUAUUCGGGCAAAGGUAAUGCUGAAUGUAUUGCCGCUUUCAGUUUGCUUUGUAGGAAUGAUAGGCUCGGCGAACUUGUGUCUGCAGCGCGUGCAAGUCAGCGUGUAUCAAGUGGCCCGGUCUCUCACCCUUGUUUUUUCCCUGCUAUUGUCUGUUUUUUGGUUGAAGCAAAAAGUAGUUAGAGCUGAGGUCUUCUCGUGCCUUUUCGUGGCAAUGGGAUUCGCACUGAUGACGGCUGUUGGGUCUGACACAGCGUCUGUCACGGGCUAUAUUAUGGGUGCCCUUGCCUCUCUCUUCCAAGCGACCUACACUGUACAAAUGAAAGCAACAUUGGUAUUCAUAGAGAAGGAAUCUGAUACUUUACUACCUGCUUCAAAGCCACGCUCUGCCUACCGGCCAAUAACAAACGAAAACGCAGCCACAGCACAGGCAUACAGUGACGUAACGGGCCGCGACCCCAACCCCGAUUCCCAGGAUUCUGACGGAGGGGUCUUUACCAAACCGAGAAGCGCCACAAUAGAUAUGAAGCUCCCGGCGGAAUUACGCGAGACAGCGGAGACAAACUGGGAUUACGAGGCAGCCUUACAGGAGGGCCAAGAGGAGGGGCAACAGCCCAAAGACGGCGACCUCGAGCUGUUUCAAGAAAGGCAACAAAGACAUAGCAGGCCGAUGCGUCCGCAGAACCUAGCCGAGCUUGAGGGACUACCAACAAUUAAUGGAGGCGCAGCGAAAAGCAGCGCUGGUUUAAGGGAGGCGGAGACAAGGGACUCUCCGCCACCCCCUCUCUCCCCAGUUGAGCGCCCACGCGCUGAGCCGCUUUGCAUGUUCUACAACAUGUUAAACGCUCUUUGUCUCUUCCCCAUUGUAGUGCUGGUUUCCGAGGAGCCCAAAGUCUUGUGGAAGCUUGCGGCAGAAGGGUCCAUGAUGACUGGCACGGUUCUAGCCCAGGUCGUGGGACUGGGUAAGGCAGCAGCGGGGGCCUGGCAUAAACUGAUGACCAAACAGUAG